UUAACAAAAUGAAUAAUAAAGGAAAUAAAAUAAACAGAAAACAUCUAUAAUGGUUUUCCAGAGAGGAAAUAAAAAAAUUGAAGGGAAUGAAUAAACAUCACAGGGUUUUGCUGUCUGAUGAGUCUCUGUCCUCCACCACAAUUAAUCAGAGGGUGAUUCACGAUCCUUGAUAUAUUGCUGGAAUCCCUUCGGAUUCGCUGUAAGGAGGGUUUCUAGGGUUUUUCCAGUGUUGUUGCGACUGUGGUCCUCUCUGACAUUUGAUAUUUGAGGGGUAUGGCUGGUAGGUUGUUUCUCUGGUUUGCUUGUUCUUGAUUGUCUCUUAACACCAACAUGUAUAGGAAUUCGAGAAUUUAGGGCUUAUUUUAAUUCCAUUGCCUGUUGACGACUUUGCUUUUCGAUUUUGUUCGCCUAACUCCAAGUGGAGCAGUGAUCGAAGUCGGAGAAACAAAGAAGGGAGUAAACUUUUGUAACGAAUUCGUGCACUAACCAUUUGGUGUUGUUGGAUUUGGAAUCGUGAGCGAUGAGUUUCUUCCAUUAUAUUAUUAGUUAUACUUUUACUACUUGGGCUGUUUGAUGAUGCUUUUUGGGAAAUUUGUGUGAUAGCCUGAUUAGAGGGGUUUUUCCUUUAAUUUUAUUUUAAAUUACGGAAAUUCGUGGGAAGGGGAAUAGAAUAGUCUAUAGAGGGUGAGGAUGGAAAAGGAGAUGGCACCUGUUGAGGGUAAUGGUGGUUGGAUUGUGGUAAACGAGACCAAUUCCGAAGACCCCACGUAUAUUGAAAUGGAAGCAGAAGAGAGUGGAAUUGAUUGUCCAAAUAACGGAGUUCAAGGUUUAGCAUCAGACAAAGGGGAGGGAAGUAAUGUGGUAUUUUCUACAGAAGGACCCCUUGUCAGGAAGGAGUCAAGGAUGUCCACUAAUUGUAGUUGUAGUGCCAAGAAACUCAAAUCUCAGGCCGCUGUGGUGGAUUCCAACCUGGAGAAGAAGGAGAAAAUUGAGCAAGAGAAGAAACUCAGUAGACAAGAUAGGAUUGAGUUGGGUCGUUUGUUUCAGGGUGCGGUGAGUUCCCAUGAUUGGGAACUUGCAGAGAGUUUGAUCCUGUUAGCUGAUCCACAAACCUUGAAUGAUGCUUUGUGCAUCACUCUGGAUUCAAUAUGGUUCUUGAGCACACAACAAGAGCUCUAUGGGAUAACGGGAUUGAUAAAGAAGAUAAUUGUCAAUGGUGCGUAUGACUUCACCAGAGCUGCCUUGAGGACUUCAUUUCUUGCUUCUUGCGUCUCUGCUUGUCAGAGCCGAACAAUGAGUCUUGCAGAUACAGUCACAGUGAUGGCCCAAAGGUUGCAUGAGCGUCUCCAGGAAUGCAAUGGAGAUGAGGUCUUGAAGGCAGAAGCUGGUGCUAAGGUUCAAAAGUUUACCGAAUGGGCUCUGAAAUGCAUAGGCUUCCAUUCUCGUGGUCAGGGUAAAAAGGAUAGAGUUAACAAUAGCUCAUCAGUUGAGAUCCAACUCCAGUUAUCAGCAUUUAAGACGUUCAUAGAUCUUGCUGGUAACCAGCUUUCCGGGAAGGAUUUCACGGAGGCCUUUGAUGCUGCUUGCUUUCCCCUAACUCUCUUUUCUAGUUCAUUCAACUCUGGCUGGGCAUCUGGGAUCUCGGCAACUGCAAUUCAUGGUUUAUUAGGUAUGUUGGUGGAAGGGGGUGCGGACAAUGUUAAUCAGUGUUUUCUUGAAGCCUCUCGUUUUGGGAGUACAGAGCUUGUGCGGAUCUUAUUGCAGAUUGCCCAAAGGAACAGUUUGGAUGUUGAUGUUGACCUGGCUUUGGGUUUUGCUUCUCACUACUGCAAGAUUGGUACUAUGGAAUGCCUUGUGGAAGAGGGUAAUGCCAUAGCUUUCUUGGGCCCCCUGAUGAGAGCUGCUGAGAGGGGCUGUAUGCGGGUUGUUGAGUGGUUUGUGAAAAGGGGUUGCCGAGACAUGGAGCUCUGCCUUGCUCUCACAGCUGCAACAUCUAGUAGCCAAGUUGAUGUUGCUGCCUAUCUCCUUCCUCAUGUUCCUCAUCACGUCCUUGCAGCACUAAGCAUUGAAAUUCUGAAGGCUGCUGGUGAACGAAGUGGUGGUUCUCUUGAUGGUGUUGCAUUUCUUCUCCAUUCCGACUUCUUGGGUGAUCCAGCAGCUACUUAUGCUGUUGCAGACAGUAUUGCUCGGUCUGAUGAUGAGGCUGUAGCUCCCGAGUUAAAAGCUUUUCUUCGGGAGCAUUGGUCAGAGGAAGCUUUCUUGCGUGGAAUAAGACUAGGACAAGAACAUUACUUGAGCCUGGUGAGGAUUUUAAAAUGGGGUGGAUCUCCUAUCUGCUUAAGAGAUCUACCAGCCCCUCUGAGGGUAACGAUUGCUUACCUGCCCCUGUAUAGGGAGUGUGUCAAGGCAGGUGGCUGUUUGUUGUCACAAAAACUGAGAGGACAGGUUGUUGAAGCUGUAAGCAGGCUUGGUGGUGGGGUCUUAGAAGGGGUGAGCCAGUGCGGAGAGCUCUUGGCUGUUCUGGAGCAUCAUCUUCCUCCAUUUUUACUUCAUUCGCCGAGCAAUGCAUAGCCAGAUGUUACUUACUUUUGGGGUUUUGCUUCCCUUUUUUUUCCCCUCACUAUCCGAUGUAUGUAAUGGAAAUAACGUCUUAGCUGGGUUCAGAUGACAAAGCCAAGGUUUGUCAAUUUUAUUUCCAUCAUGUGGUUACCUUGUAAUUUAGUUCUUCUACAUGACACAUUAUGAUAGUCUGAACGUGCUUGUCCAAAGAGUUGAAAUAUGACGAGCUUGUAUUUGACUACUAUUAUCUUAUAAGUCAUAUCUAUCAUUGUAACUUUUAAUU